AUGGAGGGCCAUGUUAGAGACCAGCCCUGCGAGUUCUUCAUCAGGCUGUACAAGCUGGUGUGCGGUCACCUCAGCCUCCCCACCCCAUUUGCUUGGGUAAUGGAGCUUGACCCGCCGCAGGCUUUGAAGCUGCAUAUGAGGGGCUGCGGGAAUGGCAGCAUGCGGGUUGACGUCGACUUCCCUGCCCCUCAUGUCAUGUAUCUCCGCCGUGUGUGGAGAACCUUCGCCCGCGCCCAUGACAUGUCGGAGGGGCUCAUCCUCCACUUCAAAUUGAUGGAGAACGGACUGCUCUCCGUCAAGGUCUUCGGGCACUUGGGAACUCGCCUAAGGUGUUGCGCGGAGAGCUCCACCGACGACGAACCCUCCUCCUCGGGUGAGAGUGACAAGGAGGACAGCAACAGUGACAACGAGGGCGUCAAGCGGGAGGAUGCUGACUCUGACUCCAGCUGA